UGCAUGGCUUGUUGACUCCUGCAUUCUCGCACUUGCAAAAAAGACGCAAUACCGCCAUACCUCCGUUGGUAAUAAUAGAUAGACGUGCUAACUUCAGACUUGGACGAUCAUCUCCGCUUCACCCUACACUUUAUUCGACAGUGACUUGAGAUUCCUGCGAAGCAAUUGGGCUUCAACUCCCGACCGAGGAGGCGGAGUCUUAACUUAUUAAAAGGAACUUGCAGAGGCUUGGACGCCCGCAAAUAUGAUGAUGAUGUCUCUCAACAGCAAGCAGCCUUUCGCCAUGGCCCAUGCCAGCUUGCCCGAGCCCAAGUACUCCUCACUGCAUUCCUCCUCAUCCUCCACUUUGACUUCCAAUGCACCUUCAUCCUCCUGCUCGUCCUCCCGACACAGCAGUACCAUCAUCAGCAGCAGCGGCAGCAGCAGCUCGGAGGCGAUGCGCCGAGCCUGUCUCCCAACCCCACCGAGCAAUAUAUUCGGAGGCUUGGAUGAGAGUUUGUUGGCCCGGGCUGAAGCUCUAGCGGCGGUGGAUAUAGUCUCGCAGACCAAGAGCCACCACCACCCUCCACAUCACAGUCCCUUCAAGCCGGACGCAACCUACCACACCAUGAACACUCUCCCCUGCACCUCCUCUUCGUCCUCCUCCUCAUCGGUGCCUAUUUCUCAUCCGUCCGCCUUGGCUGGCCACCACCAUCACCACCACCAUCACCACCACCACCAGCCUCACCAGGCGCUGGAGGGGGACCUGCUGGACCACAUCACCCCGGGACUGGCACUAGGAGCCAUGGCAGGGCCGGAUGGCUCGGUGGUUUCCACGCCUGCGCACCCUGCCCACAUGGCGGGCAUGAACCACAUGCACCAGGCAGCCAUCAACAUGGCUCAUGCCCACGGGCUACCGUCUCACAUGGGCUGCAUGAGCGACGUGGACGCCGAUCCAAGGGACUUGGAAGCCUUCGCAGAGAGGUUUAAGCAGAGACGGAUCAAACUCGGGGUUACCCAGGCGGAUGUAGGGUCAGCUUUGGCCAACCUGAAGAUUCCUGGGGUGGGCUCCCUCAGCCAAAGCACCAUCUGCCGAUUCGAGUCCCUCACGCUCUCUCACAACAACAUGAUUGCUUUGAAGCCCAUCCUGCAAGCGUGGCUGGAAGAAGCCGAGAAAUCACACAGGGAGAAACUUAAUAAACCCGAGUUGUUCAACGGCGCGGAGAAAAAGAGGAAGCGCACGUCGAUAGCCGCACCAGAAAAGAGAUCACUGGAGGCCUAUUUUGCCAUUCAGCCACGUCCUUCCUCGGAGAAAAUCGCAGCAAUCGCAGAAAAGCUGGACCUCAAAAAGAACGUGGUGCGGGUCUGGUUUUGCAACCAGCGACAGAAACAGAAACGAAUGAAAUACUCUGCAUGCGUCUAAAUCGCUCUAAACCACCGUCAGCGAGAGACUUGGAACUGUUUAGAGACGAUUUGUAUCAUAUUUCUUAUCUCACACUUUUUUUCAAUCAUCGAUGACUUUGUGCUUUGAGCUCCGAAAAAUUCAUAACAUUGAAAAUGACUGAAAAACUCGAAACCCAUUGUCACGUCUUUACUCGCUGAGGGGGAGAUGUGGAGUCAAGUAAAGCAUCGUUUGACAGAGCAAGUAAGACCACUGUUUCCACACUUACUAUGCUUCACCUUUUUAAUGUCAACGCAGUAUGACUUACAGGACUCUAUGCUUUAAUUACACCCAUUUUAUUUAUAAUGAUUAAGUUCAGAUGAGGACUAUAGUUUUGCGUUAGCCCUCGAUCAGAAACACCCUAAUGAAAAUAGCAAUUAUUGUUAUUUACACACUAAGGGGCUAUUUUUAACUGAAAGCACUUGGUUGGUGACUAUUAGUGUUCAUAUUCUGGCCUAGGAUAAGCUACAUUUUCCCUCCGAGUUCAUGACGAUGCAGUCUGACAUUUAUUCAGGGUCCAUGAGGGGAAUAGGACAACACAUUACUUAGUCUUGAAAGCUAAUAUUAGAUUACUGCCAAAUAACCCUGUGUAAAUUAUUAAUUUACUUGUCACACACUCCAUUUUGUGUUUAAAUGUGUAAUUAAUUCCACUUAUUUUGUUAACAUGUGUGAUGAAAGUCGAAGAUUCAGGGAAUUAUUUCCAAGACCUCCGGUUUGGACAAAAAGGUAGCGUUGUUUAUUAGGCCCCAAAUAUAACCAACAUGAAAACAUCGAAAUUGUGACACAGUUGUAGGCAUUUCAAAGAUUUUUU